AAAUAAAUGUUAAAAAUGAGCGAUGACGAGAAAGAGAACAUGGAAGACAAGGAAUCAAGUCGUAUGGUAAAAAGUAAAGGACCGGUCAGUAGCGAUGAUUUGAUUGAGGAGUUGGCCAGGAACCGAAGUUGGAAGUACACAGCCCUGAUUAUGUCACUGAUGUUGGUCUGGAUGGCAGGACCUUCGUGUGCCUAUAUUACGUCCUUUGCAGGCAUCGAUCCAACACCUGAAGACACUUGGUCAUGCACAUCUGAAAUGUGCCUGAAUAUGACAAGAGAUGAUGUCUCAUUACUACGGCAGUUUCCCUGCGAAAUUACCAAAGAAGUGGAUGGCAAAAAAGAACUUAUCCUUGGACCUUCUGACAUAGAAUGGAAUCUGGAACAUACCUCAUUUUCUGUGGAGUUUGACUUGUACUGCAAUGUCGGAGCCCGGAAAGCACGAAAAACUUUGCUAUCAUCAAUUUUCUUUGCUGGAGCAUUGACAGGAUUGAUUCUAGGUGGAUUUUUGUUCGAUAAAAUUGGAAGAAAAAAAUCAGCUGUGAUUGGCGUAGCCAUAGCGGCCAUGUCACUAUUUUUAGGGACAUUUUGUCACAACUACAUAUUCCUUUUAGCAUUGAGGUACUCUCUCGGUGUUGGUCGCUAUUUGAUGUCCACUGGUAUGUACAUUCUUACGGUGGAGCUUGUUCCAGCUAAGCAUAGAAAUCUCAUAAAUGCCUGGGCAUCGUGUUUGUGGGCAUUUGGCUACCCCUUCGUCGUAGGAAUUGGGUACUUCACUGAAAGCUGGAACUACAUGUUUUUAGCAGCAUCCAUAGUUUUCAUGCUCGCAUCAUUGCAAGUUUUCAUCUGCACAGAGUCACCCAGAUUCUACCUGAUACAAAAUGAUGUGAAGGCAGCUAAGAAAGCCUUUGGGGCAUUGGCAAAGUUGAACAAUAUGGACCUGGACUUGGAAUUCACAGAAAUAACGGAUGUCGGGAAGACCGAAGAUAGAGAACAAAGUUUCAGGCAACAAUUCAUAGAAUUAAUCCGCUAUCCAAGUCUUCGACUCGAAACAUUUAUUUUGAUGGCUAUUUGGAUGGCGGUUGCCAUGUUUUAUUAUGGAUUUAACUUCGGCUGGGGAAAGAUACUCCCAAAUAGAUACUUGGGGUACAUUAUGGCAGGUGUGGGAGAGCUUAUUUCUUAUGUUCUAGCAGUGCCUCUGAUAGCUUGGCUGGGAAGAAGAAGGGCCAUGAUAUUCAUGUUUGUAGGGGCCGCUCUGGUUUACCUUAUAGCGAUUCCCAACGUGGAAAUAGGAGGCGGUUGGACCUUGGAAAGUGUUGUCUGUUUAAUUGGAGUUAUAUUUGUGUCUGGAUCUUUCUCAGGGGUGUAUCUUUGGACUGGAGAAAUAGCACCAACUACCCACAGGGGUUUUGUGUUCAGCAUUUCGUCUAGUGCAGCCAGAGUUGGCUCCUUCAUAGGUCCAUUUAUAUUCAAUAAUUUGGCGCCCAUCACUCACAAAGCAGUGCCUCUAGGGAUCCUGGCUUUUUUAGCGGUUCUUUGCAUACUGGGAUCAUUUCUGCUGGUUGAGACUGAAGACAAGGCGAUACCUCUUACUGGAAAAGAUGUUGAGGAACGGAGAAAAUGCUACAAGCACCAACUUUAGGAUUAAAGCUUUGUAAUUCUGUAUUCUUGGGACGCAAGACUGAACAUUGUUGACAAGGAGACAUGUU